AUGGGACAGCCUGAGCCAGUGGCUGAGAAAGUGAAAUCAGAUGAGAAGCUAUGGGCAGAUGGGACUGAAAAUGUAGGAGAAGGAAAAACAGGUCUAAUGAGAAGCUGGGGGUGGGAAGAGAGAAUUGGGCUUAGUUGGGCAAAGAAAUGGGAACAAGGAACAGUGAGUAGAAGACUGAGUCUGGACAAGGAGCUUGGGGAAGAAGAUUUGAACUGGGAACCAGUGGAGAUAGAGAAUGCGCAGUGCCGGGUGCUCUCCAUCCAGAGCCAUGUCGUGCGCGGCUACGUGGGCAACAAGGCGGCCGCCUUCCCCCUGCAGGUUCUGGGAUUUGAAGUUGAUCCUGUGAAUUCUGUCCAGUUUUCAAACCAUACCGGUUAUGCCCACUGGAAGGGGCAGGUGUUAAAUUCAGAUGAACUCCACGAACUGUAUGAAGGGCUUAAACUGAAUAAUGUGAACCGCUAUGACUACGUGCUCACAGGUUACACAAGGGAUGCAUCAUUCCUUGCAAUGGUGGUUGAUAUUGUUCAGGAACUGAAGCAACAGAACUCUAACGUGGUAUAUGUUUGUGAUCCAGUGAUGGGUGACAAAUGGGAUGGAGAAGGCUCUAUGUAUGUGCCCAAGGAUCUUCUUCCAGUCUACAGGGACAAAAUUGUACCUGUGGCAGAUAUAAUAACUCCUAAUCAGUUUGAAGCUGAGUUGCUCACUGGCAGAAAGAUUCACACAGAAAAAGAAGCUUUAGAGGUAAUGGAUAUGCUUCAUGCAAUGGGACCAGACACAGUGGUGAUCACAAGCUCAGACCUACAGUCUUCUCUAGGAAAUGACUACCUAAUUGCACUAGGGAGCCAAAAGAAAACUAGAGCAGAUGGCACCAAAGAGAUACAGAGAAUUCGAAUGGAGUCUCCUAAAGUGGAUGCUGAUUUUGUUGGAACUGGAGACUUGUUUGCUGCAAUGCUCUUGGCCUGGACACACAAACAUCCAAAUAACCUUAAGGUGGCAUGUGAGAAGACUGUAUCAGCCAUGCAGCAUGUCCUGCAAAGGACCAUCAAGUGUGCAAAGGAACAGGCUGGAAAAGGAAACAAACCUAACCCAGCCCAGCUGGAAUUGAGAAUGGUCCAAAGCAAAAAGGACAUAGAAAACCCGGAGAUAAUAAUAAAAGCUACUGUGUUGUUAUAAAGGCUGUAUGUCUCCCAGUAACGCACAAUGUAUUGAUGUCCUCUUUUUUCUUUCCCGUAAAUUGUAAUGUUUGCCUUAGAUCUGUGACAAAAACCUGACUUCCAUGAAAUAAUGCCUUGCAUAGGCAGAUAUCCACUAUCAAACAUAUGUGCUGCCCUUGCUUGGUUUAAGGGGGAGGAAAAAAGUGAGUUGUAUAACUUACUCACAGGAAUCAAAAUGGCUGUGAAAUUCACUUAGUCUGUGUUUCAUGGCAAGAGAAUACAGGGCUUCCUGCCUUGCCAAAGACUUUGGGUGUGAAUUUGCAAGUGGAAUAGCUGGCUGACUGGCAAAUGUAUUGUAGCAAAGCAUCUAGUACCAAUUUCAUUAGCUACCUACUCCCUUAACUAAAGGCAUUUGGUAGGUAAUUGUGAUAUUUACUAUCUCAGCUGCUAGUAGGGCUGAAAUUGCACACAGCUUUGGGCUGUGUGUAGGGAGCAGAUCAGAGAUAUUUAGCAUUAGGUGCUCUGCAAAGGUCUAGAGGUAUCAUUUCAUGUUGCUAAUAACUUAUCCUAUUUCCGGCCUAUGAAUGAAUAUGUGAUUCCAAUUUCUAUAGGUGCUAAUCCCUUAAUUUCUAGUGACCACAAGUAUCUACAUCACUUUGUCUGCAUGCUCCACUUCAGAAAAGAACUAUUGUAUUAGUUUAAUUAGCCAGUAAGUAGCACCAGGUAGAAAUAUGUAAUUCUACCUCUGAUACUAGAUUUAAUUCUUUUUAAAUUAAGACUUCAAGAAAAAGCUUCUUUAAGAAAGGAAGGUGCUGUGGCUACUUCUAGUAAAAGCCAAGUAAACCUAUUGGUAUUGUAAUGGACAGCAAGCCACUGGAGUACUGAGAACUAGCAUUCUUUGUUGAGGGCAUUGUAUACUUUAUUAAUGGUUCGAUCUAGAAAUCUCAGAGGGCUCACCUGCUUAAUUAAAAUGAGCACCAUAUAAGAGGUUCAUCAGUAAAGUACAAUAGUGAACAGUUGCCUACAUUUGCCUGAAGGCGUAAGUAGAACUAUUAAUUUGUUCAUAAUGCCACUUUUAGACAGUUUUAUUAUCUGAAUUUUAAGGAAUUAUUUUAUGCUUGCGAAAACAGCAGUUUUUUUAAUGUUAGAAUAUGUCUAAGGAUCUAUACUACUACUUAUCAUCCAUAGAACCUCAGCACUUCAGUGUAAAGUUCCUCUUCUAGUUUCUCUCUCCUUCCAUGGAGGCAGCAGGGGAAUUUUUAUGGCUUAAAAUUUUGUAUCAGAAUCCAGUUCCCUGACAUGCUUUCUGAAGAAGUUUCUUGACAAUUUUUGUACCAUGUAUGCUGGUAACAUUCCUGGGAGACGUUGAUUACCAGUAACUCCUCUUGACUUCAACAGGCACUGCAAGUUCUCUGCACCUCUGAGAAUGAGCCUUAGUAUGGUGUAUGUGCCCAAACCUGAAGACACACUGUGAACUUGAUUUCUUCAUAGUGGCAUACACAGAUACAAAUUUCACCCUCUUGCAAUGGGGUGGAGGGGAGAGGGGGUUGUACAUCCAGGGGCAUGCUAAAAGAAGGGCAGUUUUGUUUCAUACACUGUCUGAGGCUGCCCAGGAAAAGCACUUGAUCUGUGUAUUUCCUGGAUGCCUUCCCAGAAACUUCUUCCUGGCCAGUUACUAAGCUAUGUCCAUUGACUAAGUGUAGGUCCCUCAGCCAUGAUUGGGUUGUAGGUAGAGUGUGCCACUGCAAUCUUUGUGCAUCCAACCUCCCAGUGGACUUUCUGCCAUCAGAGUCCCCGUUUUGUUUCCACUAGCAUACCCAGGUAUCACUAAUUUUAGGCCAAACUUUUUUUUUCCUUUUUUUAAUAGAGUGGAAUUUUUCCAGUUAGUAGUAGUCUUAAAUCCCUCUUUUUCAGCAUCUCGGAAGCAAAUAACACAUAAGAUGCUAAUGUGUUUUGCAGUACAUUUAAGGGAAGAACUCAACUUUUGCGCUAACUGGCUAAUACUUUAUCAUCUCCAGCGUACUCAGCAAUUAAGUUUGCUCUGCUGACAUAAGAAACACACACAAAUCUGAAAAUUACUUGGUAAACUUGACUGGAGUGCCACAAUUUACAGUAACCUCAACCAUGAAAUAACUUUCUAGCAAUAAUAAUUCAGUUAAUAUGAAUAAAGCACAGCAGUUUCCUUCAGUGCAUGAGUUUAUGGCUGAUGUCCAACAUUCAUAGUCAUAACAAAGCACAAUUUAGUCAGGCUUCUUCCUCAGCACUGUAUCUUUAAAAUAUUUUAAAGCUGUUUUCCUUCUAGAUACCUUAAUCACUAAUUUCCAUAUGUUUAAAACUGAUCUUUAUUAAUUAACUGCCUUCUUGAGCAUAUGUUGUUUGCUAUGGAAGCUGCAUGGGAAACAGACAUCUUUCAAAUUGGAGGUAGUAGCUUUUAAAUCAAAAUAUUCAAUAAUAAAACUCCAAGGGCUUUCUACUUAUUUUUCAACAUAAAUACAGUUUUAUCACUACCAGCUGCUAGUUACUUAGUGGCCAUGUAGCACACUCUGUGGAUAAUAAGCAUAAACCUUUUUUAUUUCGCUUUUUUAAAACCCAUAACAUUUCAUGUUGAUAUUUGCAGUGGUUCCCAUAGAUUUGGGAAGCCUGAUCAACAGAUUGUUGCUCCAUCUUUUCACACGAUGAUUCUUUAAUAUGGGGAAGCUAUUUUAAACUUAUAGGAAUAAUCCCUCUAGGAUCUUAAAUUUUCCAUAGGCUAGUGAAAGAUUCCUGUUCUUCGCAUCGGGAUCAAAGAGAGAGGUUCAUAAUCCUCUCCUCCUUUUGGAAAGCAGUAAUAACAAUACAUGAUCCAAGCUUUUUGCCAUCAAGAGAACAUAGUUAUGGUAAGAUUGCAAUCAAUUUUAGGAUUGUAGGAACAAAUACGUUUAUUUGGAAAUGGAAUAACAGAUGCCAUCAAUGAGAUUAAUAGAUUAAAUGACAAUAAAUCAAUUCAGAAUUUUUAUCUGUGGAACAGAGGCCAGCUAUUAUGUGGGGCAGAUGAUUUGGCAUGGCUGCUUGAACUUGUGGUCCAAAUCACAUAUUUGGACCGCAGGAGUGGCCUGUGCCUGAUGCUUCAGAGAAAAGCAGACACACCCUCCCCCUCCAGGAUCGCUCCUUCAGUUUGAUAUUCAUGACAAAUGGACACAGUAGAGGGAAUGCUUAACCUUAAAGACUUGAAUGCAGAAGUGUACUUGGAGAAGUUAGGUUAUGAACUGGCUGCAAUUUGCAGCCGCUGCAUUAUGUCAUCUGUUGAAGUCAGUGGGAGAUGCUCAUAUGAUAUGUGCAGGAACUUCUACUGAAGUCCAUCAUAUUCUUUCUGUGACUUUAAUUAGAUCAGGUCUUACAUCAGCUACAGAAUCAGGCUCACUGUCUAACAAUAAUAAUUGAAGGCCUAUUGAGAAACUGACUGUAAAUACAUAUUGUAGUUACCUUUGUGUAGUCACAGCAUGUGGACAAAGGUAUUUUUAAAUGUUAAAUCAAUUCGUAUAACUUACAGGCAUUUUUACCAGUUAAUGUUAUGCAGCACUUUUUCCUAGUGUUUUUAGAACAAACUGUGACAUGUGGGGCACACGAUCUCAGUCCAAUCAGAUGCUAACAUUCUUUUAUUUCCCUUCUCUUCUCUUGGAGUAACAUCCAUGAAGAUUCCACUGAUACAGAAAAGACACACACUUCCAGAGCAACAAGCACACAGCUCACUAUUCACUCUGGCCUUUUUCACAGUUGCCAAUUAUCCAUUUAAAGGAAAUGAGGCUAGUACAGGGGUCAUCUUAUCCACUUGCAGAUCUUCAUACAAAGAAAAGCUGUCCGUCUAAAAUGAAUGUCUCUAAUGACUGCAGAGGUACAAGCAACUUGGCAGCAAGCUGUAGAUUCAAUAAUUCUGGUCAGUGAUUUUUCAUCUGUUGUCAAAAUGGAAGGCUGAUGUUACUUGAGCUAGCUAAUUUGUGUUUGAACCCAUUUUCUAUACUGUGCUUCUUUGUGUGCAGCCUUUUUGGUUAUUAUAGUUUCACUUACUUGUGAAGCCUUAUGCAGAUGGACCAAAACUCACUUAAACUAAUGAUCUGGCCUAUUGUGGGCCAGAACCCAGCCUUUUUGUGCAUAAAACUUUCACUGACUUCCUUGGAAGAUAAAUGUAUAACAACAUUUUAAAGUUUUAAAAAAGUGUCACAUGGAAGUUUUAUUCCUACUUUGGUAUAAAUACACUUAAAAUCUGCAUUAAAAUUAGUAACUUAGAUGUUCAUUUGCUGAUUUAUAUUUAAAAUGCAAGAAAAUGAUAACAUACUAUACAAUAGAAUUGGAGGACUGAGGUUUCUAGCGAAACAUACUGCCUUGUUAAGAGUAUCCUAUAUGUAUCUUGAUUGGUUGAUGUUAAUUUGUUGUCUGAUAUGGUUACGGUGAUUGUGUUCGUCUAUUUUAAUUUGCAAUAUGUGUCAAAGAUUGUAAUAAAAAUGUCUACAUUAAUAUACUGUGCAUAAAUAUUAACUGCUAUUUUUGAAUGUUAACCAUUUCAGAAUUAAAACAAGAAGAACAGUUUGGUAGUGUUACUGAGUAAGUGGAUUUAAUUAAGGUUGUAUUAGUAUCUGAUAUGAAGACUGGGGGAACAAGAGGGAAGCCCACAUUUGAAUACCUAAAUCAUGCCAAUAUAAAACCACUGAACUGGGGCACAGUACAGUACUAGACUUGUCUUUAAGCAUUUAUUUGAAUGACUUUCAUAGCGGCAGAAACUUGCUGCAAGGUCAAGGGUUGAAGCUCACUAAUGGAGAGGAGGUGGAGUUAGUGAUGAAUUCUGUAGCAUGUUUUAGCUCCAUGACUGCUUUUGAGAGACCUACAUUUGCCAUUUGAAAAAUGACUCUGACAUUCUGCAUCUCUGUUCCCAUAUGCAUUUUACAGAAAGCUCAGAGUGAGAGAAUGUUUCCCUCACUGGGGAUUAGGGCCUCCAGAGACAGAGCCACAGUCCAUUCUUUAGUUCUGUUUCCUUAUCAGCGAAAUCAAAGGGAUUGCCAUGCCAGAUCACAUCCCUUUUGCAUCUAGCAUGGCAUCAUUUAAACAUUAGGGCAGUUCUGUGAGUGGAAGAAGGCAGAGAGCCAGUUGAGUGAGAAACAUGGAAGAUCCUCUAUUCAAGAAGUCUCUUCUGCAAAAUGCCAGACAGAGAGCCUGAUUUUGUAACUUAGCCAAAUGUCACUUAGCCCCCACACCAUUAAAUGAAACAAUGGCUCAUCUAUAUCCCUUUAAAAAGUUGAAUUGUAUGCUGGUAUAAAACUGGCACAUAGUCCAGCUACUUUAAAACCAAAACACUUCUUGAAGCUUAAACACUAAAUAAAUAAUUUAUCUUAAAUUGUACUUUUCAGUAAUGCUUCAUUGUUAGAGUACCUUUCAACACCUAUUUAAGUCAAUGGCAUUGAUUAUUAAUUGAACAUUUAGAGUAGAAUAUUUUCAGAAGAAAAACGGCUUUUGAAAAUACAUUUGUUUUUCUCUUGCUGUUUACUAUUGAUAAAUGAGAUCCUUGAUUGAAGGACGGUUUAUUCUGAAAAAUUAUAGCUAAUAAGCUGUGAAACUGGAAAUCUCUUCUAAAUAUAUGGGCAAAUUAGUGAGUUUAUGCACAUUUAUAUUAGAAGGUAAAAAGGAUGGCCCUGAUGCUUAUCAAAAACAUGAACUUGUGCUUAUUUUACCAAAGAACACUCUUGAACACAGAUCUCAUAGGGAAUCUGUAGUUUUUAAUAUGUUUUCUUUAGAAUGAGAUCCAAAGUUAGUUGCUCAGAAUUUAAAUUGAGUUGAAAGGAAACUAUCCAGGAGAAAAGAACAUAUAAACAGUAUAGCACCCCCAUGAAUUCCAUAUAGUUAAUCAAGAAACCAAUCCCAUGCCUCAACAGUGAUUCCAAAAAAAGUUUCUAUGGUUUAACACUUGUUCCAGUUACCAAGCUCACUCUGGACCUGAUUCAGGGAAGCACUUGCAUGCUUAGCUGUAAUGAAUCUUUAAGUAAAUGUGACAUAAGCAUAUGUAUAAAACUAAGCAUGUGUCUGAAGUACUUUCCUGAAUAAGGAUGCGUAUUCCUCAAUUGUUGCCUCUAGGAGCAGCCACAGGUAUAGAGGCAAAAAAAAACCUGAAUUUGUAGAGAAGUAGGCAGCGCACUAAAGAAAAUACCAACAAUAUUUGAAGGAUGUGCCAUAUAUUAUCACUGAAAUUACCUGUCUAAAUUGUGUAUUGCAUUUGUUGUUGCAUUGCUAUUUAUAAAAAUGUGUGUCUAGAUGAACGUAGUGUUAUGUACUGUGUAUAUGUGUUAAGUUUUAGUUGCAGUGGGGAGAAAAUGUAGAACUUGGGGGCUGGCUGUGCAGGCCUUCAGAACGGGAACAGAAAGUCUUACGAAUUAUAUUUUUAUAGACAGCACUGUGGCUUCAGGUCCCAGCCACACCAUAUCUGCCUCUUCCGGGAGCAUAAUGUUGUGAGGGAGGAGAGCAGAAGUUGGCUCUGACAUGGUAGGGAUAGUACAACCCCACCAGCCCUGGACAGCUUACAAAUAAAUAAAAUAUGCCUUUUUAAGUAAUAUUUUUUUAGUUCUAAAUUGUUAAACAGAGAAAUAUUUACAAGUAAACUUUCUAGGUACUUGAUAUUUGUGGAGUGUUUCAUAUUGAAUAGAUGACCCUGUUUCUGUAUAUGUUUACAUCUCUUAAAGAUUGUCUUUGAAGCAUAUAAAAUAAAUAAGUAAAUGAAUUUUAUGCCAGACAGAGUGCUAUGUAAUGAUAAUGGUUUUAAUUUUUGGUGAAAAUGUCAGCUUGUAUGGUGUUUGUGUAUAUUCUGGUUGGCUCUCAUGCAUUUUGUUCUUUCUACUGGAAAGGCUUAUAUUCUAAAUUGUGAAGAGUUGCAGUAGUACAGUAGACAAAAGGACUAAAUAAUGCUGCCUCACCCACUGUAAUUUGAGCAUUAAUUUUUUUCAACUCCAAUAGGCCCAAAUUUCAGUUUUGAGUUAUAGUAAAGCUAGAGAUAAGUUAGAAACUAAAGGAUUUUGAUUUUAGCAGGAUUCUGGGGUUUUGAUGAGAUGAGUCAAAAGAAUCAAAGUGAAUGUGAUUAAACUAAAACAGAACGUGACGCUGACUGGCUUUGUUUAGCUGCCCAUGCUGAGAGGAAUGCAAAAAUAGACGAACAGUAUGGAUGGAGAUAAGUGAAGGGUUUUUUGGUCUCAAGUGUUUUUUAAUAUGUGGCCUGACUUUCAGAAGAGCUGAGUUGCUAAAAUAUACCAUUCAGUUAGAAUUGUGGCGUUCCCAGCACCUUUGAAGAUCAGAACAAUUAUUUCUUACCUUGAUGUACCUUAUUGUCUAUGUCUAGACUGGCAUGAUUUUCUGCAAAUGCUUUUAACGGAAAUGAGCAUCUAGAUUGGCACGGACGCUU